AUGUUCUGGAUUGAAGAAAGUCCAACCUCGCAAGGGGACGAUGAUUCCGAAGUCCCGUUUGAUGAAUCUCCUGGAAAGCCAAUGGCUUGCGAACAAGAAAUUGAAUUAAUCAUUAGACCGGAUGACGAUGAUUAUCCGUACAAGGCAUUGGAUGCAGAUGAAGAUACCUGGCCGGAAACGCUCUCUGCCUACGGUGGAACCAGCACUCUUGUCUCGGAUGAAGUGGACAAGGAGAGCACUGGGAAUAAGGAUUCAUCUUCCAAUGAUGAUUCUUCUGAUCAAGUGGACAAUGCCGAAGAUUGCCAUUCCGAAGCUUCCUCAGUCGAUGACGAUGCCACUCAGGUCAUGGGAGAGCAUCACACAAUAGAAGGACCGGAAGACGAAAGGACCUUUACCACUGCCCAAGAUCAAGACGAAGAGUUUGUCUACUUGGCCCCUAAGGUUCGAUCGGAAGAGGCGAGAAUAAUGCCUGCGAACGAAGAUUCCUUCGAGACCAAUCUGGAAGAAGAUCGGUCUCCGGAAUCCUCCAGUCUGACACCAGCAGAGGCUUCACCAGAAGAACGAAACCAGGAAUCCAACAUUCUUCAAGUGGAGGAAAGUGCCAAAGAUUUGCAAGUCGCUGAGGCAUCAAACAUGGAAGCAGCAGCAGCAGCAGCAGCAAACUCUCAGCAACAAGAUUCAGCUGGAGCAACCAUUGCUCCUGCUGUUGCCCUUGUUGAGGAUGCUGAUGCUAAUGAGGAUUCCGCGAACGGUGCCCCCGCCCUUGUCAGUGAACCAAUCGAAGCUCAUGCUGACGAUGGUGGUGGUGAUGAUGACGACGAGAAUGAUGCAGCGUCCAUGUCGGCUGUUUCUGAAACCAAACCACUCAACGAAAUGAACGAUGAAGACGAAGAACAAGAACAAGACCAAUUUGAUUCCGAAUCAUCACUAUCCGAACGUGAUUGGUAUGAUCAAUGGGAACCUCUCGAAGAAACGGGUGAUGGCAUUUCCUGCAUCACCAACAUGUUUGCCUCCGUUAUAAAGGACAGCUCCAUGAUGCCAAAAGAAGAAGAAGACGAAGAUGGCAUGGGCGAACUACCAUUCUCCCUAGCCAAUCCUACCAUGAUGUCUGUCUUUUCGGAUGGUGGUGCCGAUGAGAUUUCGCAGUUUGCCAAAUGCGCAGCUACCAUCAAAUCCGAACCUCCAUCGCGAAAGGCCUGUAAAGUGGUGAUUGACGCUCCAGAGCUUCAAAGAGAGUACUCUUCUUCAUCAUCAUCAUCCUCUUCGGGUGGCAAGAUGCCGAAGCAAGUCGUCUUGAUUGUCGAGGGCGAAGACGAUAAUGGAGAGACUACACCCAUGACGUUGCAUGAAUACUUGAAUUUGCAUUGCCAACAAGGAUCUCGCAAGGAACGCCGUCGACGAAUCAUGGAACGUCAACGCAGUGCGCUGUCGAGGAUCACUCCCGUCAUGGCGGCCACGUCUGCCCCGGGAUCGACCUCCACAGGGGCCCACGGGUUUUUGGACCACUUUUUGGAAUUUGAUCCUUUGGCGCAACUCCAGAACAUCUGGGAUCUUGCCGGAUAA